UUUUCGCCCCCCCCCUUGCCAUCGAUGUUGAAAGUGGUCGUACCAAAGAGGCUUAAAUUGAACACAUGUAGCAGCUAGAGCCACAAUUUCAAUGCCCCAGAUCACUUUGUCUGUCCAUCACCGUACACACAUAGUAUAAUCAUAAUAACCCUUUUUUCUCACCGAGGCACAGUGUCACUACUACACUUUUUUUUUCUCACCAUUGUUUUGGCAAGUCCUCAACCCCCCUCCCUCCAGCAUAAAGAGCUAUAAUUCCCUUCUCAGCCACAAUAUGGCUUUGUAAAAUGGGAAGGACUCCUUGCUGCAGUCACGAGGAAUUGAGAAAAGGGGCAUGGACGGUUCAAGAAGACCAGAAACUAAUUACUUACAUUCAGAAACAUGGCACAGGAAGCUGGCGUACCUUGCCACAGAAAGCAGGUCUUAAAAGAUGUGGAAAGAGUUGCAGGCUGAGAUGGUUUAACUACCUUAGACCUGACAUUAAGAGAGGGAAAUUAAGCCAAGAAGAAGAGCAGACAAUUAUCAAACUUCGGGCGGUUCUUGGAAACAGGUGGUCAAGUAUUGCAAAGCACUUACCCAUGCGAACUGAUAACGAAAUCAAGAACUAUUGGAACUCAUAUCUGAAAAAGCAGUUCGAAAAGAAUGCUGUGGAUCCCUCAAGUUCAAAACCAAAUAGCACUGAUAGUUCCUCAGAAUCAAAAUCUAAUGACACGUGCAUGGUUCCAUCAGAGAAAACUGAUUGCCAUGAACCAAACACCAGCCAAUCUCAUCAGCACAACUUAUCAAGGUCAAUCUCAUCAUCAACUCAUCUUCUUAACAAAGUUGCUAGUAAAAUUCUGGCAUCAGGGUACCUAGAACUAAUCAAAUCAUGCCAACCUGUUGUUGCUGGGAACAGCAAAAGUGAAAGUGUGGUUAAAACUGGUAUUGGGUUAGAAAGUGACAAUAUUAGAGACCCCCUUGAGCCUAAUUUGACCUCACCAAGUCAUUCUAUAACUUCUGCUAAGUUACUGAACAAGAUGGCUACUUCCCUCCCUCAUAAAGUUCAUGGCCUUGAAGCUGCAAAAGCUGUGUUCUCAAAACUGAUGGAAAACAGUGAAAAAGGUGCCACUGCUAGUGAUGAUAGCUUUGUUGGAGGUUGUUUAAAUGCUUUAAGCCCUUUUGAGGAUAAACCACACAUAACAAAAACAAUUGACUCCCCUUCUGGUCCUACACUAAUGUUCAACCAUGUUACCACACCCUCAUGCUUUUCAGAAGAUAAUGAAGAUAACUGGCAAUGCGUUUCAUCUAACUAUGUUUCCUUCAAAAUUUGUGCUGCGAAUGGUGGUGACUGCAGUGUCUCUGAGAUCAACUUGGGUGAGUCUUCCAGUUCCACAUCCAGCUUCCUGUUUGAGAAUGCUGACCUUGGAACGUGUGAUGAUGAGAUAAGCAAGUACAUCCAGUAUUUGUAGGGAAAAAAAUUUGUGGACAUCCAAUGCUAAUAAUGUAGGUAUUACAAGGCCCUAUGAUGUAAGAGGAAGAUAUCUAAAGAGAGAUAAUAUAUCCUAAUAGAGUGUUUGAUAUAUCACCAUGUUUAUAUAGAGGUGUUUGAUGGAGGAAUUUAUGUAUCAUCACUCUAUUUGUAAUAAGAAAUUAUAUUCUUCCUUAUAAAUUUUUUUGACUCAAUUA